AUGAUACCGGAAAACAUGGAUAACCUCAGUCCAGCUGUCAGAGAAUUCGAUGACGAAUAUGUGGAAGUUGAAGUUAGCGAAGCCCAACCUCUUUUAAGUUCAGCGGACACAGAUGCUCCUAAGACAACAUUUUCCUCAUUUUCCUUUCGAGAAUGGGGGAUUCUAGUAAUGCUUGCCUUGGCAAAUCUAUUCUCUAUAGUUGCUUAUAGUUGUAUAGCUCCUUUCUAUCCUAAAGAGGCCAAGACGAAAGGACUCUCCGACUUUGAGAUAGGUUUGACUUUUGGAAUAUUCGAGCUGGUGAUAUUUCUGGGAUCGCCAAUAGCCGGAAAGCUGGGAAUUCUUCAAACUUGUGGUGGUAUUGGUUUCUCUUUGGGACCGUUUCUGGGAGGGAUGCUCUAUGAUCUGGGAGGAUUCCGUCUUCCUUUCUAUUCAUUGGGAAUGGCAAUGUUCUGCAUGGCAUUUCUGAGUCGAUUUUUGAUUCCAGUAGACUUAGACAUCAAACAAGAAGAAUCAAAACAAUCAACUGGGUACAUUGGACUUUUGCGUGUUCCCACUAUCUGGAUAAUGUUGUUUGCAUUGUUCAACGUGGCUGUCAGCACGUCAUUCAUAAAUCCUGCAAUGGCAGGGCAUUUAGAAUCUUUUCAUCUCAGCUCAACAGUUGUUGGAUUGUUAUUUCUAGUGAGUGGAGUUUGCUAUAGUGUCACAGCACCCUUGAAUGGGUUGCUAGUGGAUCGUUACAAAUGUCACCUAAUUGGAAUGUUAUUUGCUCCAAUCGCUAUCAUUAUCUCACUAUCACUAACUGGUCCAUCACCAUUUUUACCCCUUCAAAAAUCUGUGCCGCUCGUGCUAGUGGGUCAGAUUAUUUUUGGUGCUGGUCUUUCAACGCUACAGAUACCUGUCUAUCGGAAUGGCCUUGACGCAGCUGAAAACGCAGGCUAUGCAUCUGGAACUGUGACCUACGGUUUAGUGUCAGGUCUCUUUGAGGCUGUUUACUCGUUAGGAUCUUUUAUCGGACCAAUCGGUGGAGGCCUUAUCAAUCAGUACUAUGGAUUCGCUCGGACGGUCACAGUCAUUUCGGGAUUCCACCUCUGCUUUGUUGUGAUAUUCUCCGUAUUCUAUGCGUACAAGAAAUGCAGACGGAAAGGAGUGGACAAUGAUGUCUGA